CCUCCCUCCCCGCCUCCUCCUCUCCAUCCAGCGCCAUGGAUGUAAAAGGCUGCCUCUGAACGGCUCCGGCGUCAAGCUCACAGAGUCUCAAGACGGGGGCCACAAUGAGCGAAGAACCACCGGCCACUCCCAGCUGGCUGAGCCCCGACCCCACGGCGUGGGCCAGCGGCGGCGGGGGGCCGACGGACAAUGUGAGCAUCCCGGCGACGUUCCCCGCCGAGGAGUCCCUCGCGCCACGCCAACUGCCCCUGCUCAUCAACCCGUGGGACGUCGUCCUGUGCACGUCGGGGACUCUGAUCGCCUGCGAGAACGCUCUGGUGGUCCUGGUGAUCUGGCAGAACCCGGCGCUGCGGGCGCCCAUGUUCCUGCUUAUCGGCAGUCUGGCUUUGGCGGACCUGCUGGCUGGCUUAGGCCUGGUAUUGCACUUCACCUGUGCCUAUCUGCUCCAGUCGGACUCGGCCCAGCUUCUCACCGUGGGCCUGGUGGUGGCCUCCUUCUCGGCGUCCGUCUUCAGCCUGCUGGCCAUCACCAUCGACCGCUACCUGUCGCUCUACUACGCCCUAACCUACAACUCCGAGCGUACCGCGGCCUUCACGUACACCAUGCUAGUCCUCCUGUGGGGACUCUCACUGUGCUUGGGUCUGCUUCCCGUCACAGGGGUCAACUGUCUGGCCGAGGAGGCCACGUGCAGCGUGGUGCGCCCGCUCACCAAGAACAACAUCGCCGUGCUCUCCGUUUCCUUCCUGCUCCUGUUCGGCCUCAUGCUGCAGCUCUAUGUGCAGAUCUGCAAGAUUGUCAUGCGGCACGCCCACCAGAUCGCCCUGCAGCACCACUUCCUGGCUGCCUCGCCACAUUACGUCACCACGCGGAAGGGCGUCUCCACGUUGGCCAUCAUCUUGGGGACCUUCGCCGCCUGCUGGAUGCCCUUCACCGUCUACUCGCUCAUCGCCGACUACACGUACCCGCCGCUGUACACCUACGCCACGCUGGUCCCCGCCACCUACAACUCGGUCAUCAACCCGGUCAUCUACGCCUUCCGGAACCAAGAGAUCCAGAAGGCGCUGUGGUUGGUGUGCUGCGGAUGUAUUCCCGCCAGCGUGGCGCAGCGGGCGCGGACUCCCAGCGACGUCUGACCCAGUGGACGGAGCGUUUGGGUUUUCGGAGAGCGAGAGAGUGGAGGUGGGGUGCCCCUUGGUUGGUUCUCACCGAGGGACGGACUGGCCCUAGGUGGGAUUUGAGGAAGGGGCGACCUUGUGUUGGUUGACACAAAUGAGUGAAUCGACCUGGGUAUGUUUUGAGAGAGGGCGGUUCAUCUUACGGG